AUGCCGGUCGCCGUGGCUGCCUCCGGCGACACAAACGUCGUGGAGGACCUCUACGGCAUCCUCCGUGUACUCAGCGACGGCACCGUUGUCCGGUCACCGGACCCGCCGGAGUUUUGCCCCGUCACCUUCCCCUGCGACCACCCUUCCGUGCAGUGGAAGGAGGCCGUCUACGAUAAGGGCAAGAACCUCCGCGUCCGCAUGUACAAGCCGUCGGGCGGCGGUGAGCAGGCCGGCCGGAAGCUGCCGGUGCUCGUCCACUUCCAUGGCGGGGGCUUCUGUCUCGGCUCGUGCACGUGGGGAAACUUCCACAGCUUCUGCCUCCGCCUCGCCGCGGAGGCCGGCGCCGUCGUGCUCUCCGCCGGGUACCGCCUCGCUCCGGAGCACCGCCUCCCCGCGGCCCUCGACGAUGCGGCAGGCUUCUUAGAAUGGCUCUGCGAGCAAUCCGUGAGCACCGAGGCCGAGGACGGGUGGCUCACGGAGGCGGCCGACUUUGGCCGCGUGUUCGUCACCGGCGACUCGGCGGGCGGGACCUUAGCGCACCACCUCGCCGUUAGCGCCGGGUCGGCCACGCCCAAACACGGCGAUGACGUCGACUCGAUCACGAUCAAAGGCUACAUCCUGCUCAUGCCGUUCUUCGGCGGUGUGGACCGGACGCGGUCGGAGGCGGUGGAGUUCCCGUUGGCGGAAGAGCCGUUCCUCAACCUGGCCGUGCUGGACCGAUUCUGGCGGCUCUCGCUGCCGGAGGGCGCCAGCAGGGACCACCCGAUCGCCAACCCGUUCGGGGCGGACAGCCCUGGGCUGGGCUCGGUGAAGUUCCCGCCGGUCCUCGUCGUUUCCAGCGGCACCGACUUGCUGCACGACCGCACCGUUGACUACGCGGAGCGGCUGGCCGGGAUGGGGAAGCCGGUGAAGGUCGUGGAUUUCCCCAACGACCCACACGGGUUCUUCACGCAGGACCCGUGGUCCGAGACCACCGGCGAGCUGAUCCGGCUCGUCAGCGUGUUCGUUGUCGACAGCUGCGUCGCCGUCGCGGCGCCAAAGACGGCUUGA